UGUUUAUAAUAAUUAAUUAAUCAAACUAAAUAUUAUUACAAAAAAGUAAAUUAAUGGGUUGUAAUCAGUCAAUAAAGAAGCAAUAGAAAUCCUAGCAAUAUUAGAUUCCACAAUCAGAUGGACCCUCUCAGGGUCUUGGAGGAUUAUAAUUACAAGGACCAUAAGAAUCUGAUAUUAUUAAUAAGAAAUUAUUUUCUCAUAUUUAAAAUAGGUAGAAGAUCAACGAAAUGUAUAAAAGCAAAGGUAUCCAGAUGUUAGAUAAGCCAUAACAAAUGAUUUCAGAUAUCUAAGAACCUUAGCUAGAUCCUACUUAAAGUUUGAUUUAUAAUAUUAUCAAGGAUGAAUUAUCUCAGAAAGGAUUCUCUGAUUUUAAGUACUUAGGAUCGGGAAAGCAAGGUUGGGUCUUAUUAGCAAAAGAGUUAUCCACAAACAGAAGAUUUGCAAUCAAAGGACUACAUGUCAAAGAUUCUUAGGGGAAAAUCUUCUAAGAAACAUUUGACUAAGCACAAUAAGAAAUAAAUAUGCUCGAAAAGUGUAAAGGCUCUUCAUAUGUGGUCAACUUGCUAAAAGUAAUUGAAGGGAAGGAGUUUAAAUACUUAAUUUUGAGUGAAUGUUAAGGAACUCUACUUGAACUCAUUGAUAAGUGUCCAAACAAAAGAUUAAAUGAAUUAUCUGCAAUCAAGUAUGCCAAAGAUAUUGCUGAAGGUCUUUUAUACAUGCAUUCCUAGAAAUGUAUUUCCAAUGAUCUUAAAAUGGAUAAUAUACUCAUUGACUAUAAUGGAAAUGCUGUAGUUUCUGAUUUAGGAUUGGCAGAUAAUCUCACAAAAACAUCUGGAUAUGGAUUGAACCAAUAUUAAGGAAAUUUGCUAUUCUAAGCUCCAGAGUGUUAUGAUCCAUAGGGAUUUAAAGAUUAUUAAGAUAAAUACCAAGAACUAGGAUUAAAAAUAAGCACAAAGCCAACUAUUAAGAGUGAAUGUUUCUCAUUAGGUUAUCUAAUUUACCUUAUGGUUUAGGAUUUCAAAAACGAAUUAAUUUUCAAGAAGUAUUAACCAUUGAAUUACAGCAUAGAAUUUUAGCAAUUCACUUACAAAAAUCAACUUAAGUUCAUAAUUGACGGAUUAACUUAAUUCAAGCCAGAAGAUAGGUUAUCGAUAAAAGAUGUUUUAAUUAUAUUAAAAGGAAUUAUUUCAUUUGAAUUUUAACUAGAUUAGAAAUUUAUUGAAUUUAUGGAUGACCAUGAUCAAAAUACUUAGGAAAUCAUUCGCAAAUUCUAAAAAGACAUUGAAUUUGUUUAAAAUUCUUCACAGAAAUUUUACCCUAUUCUUAAAAAUGAAUAGGACUUCAUCAAAGAGGUGUUUAAACAACAGCAAGGACAGGAUGCAAUAAUCUCUCAGUUACGCCAAUCAAAUUUCUAAUUAGAAUAACAAAUUAAAUCAUUUAAAGAUAUUCAAAAGCAAUUAGAAAAUGAAUUAAAAGCACUUAGAAAUCAAAAUGUUUAGUUGGAAGCAACAACAGUUGAGUCAAAUCAAACUAUUAUCUCACUAAAAUAAGAAAUAGAAAAAUUAAAGCAGACUCAAAAAAUAUUAGAAAAUGAUUUGAAAGCAUAAUCGAAUUAAAAGCAGAAUAUUUAGAAUUUUAAUUCAUUUUAACCUAUCGUUUCUUAAUAGGAAAUUAAAAAAAAGGAAGAAGAAGCUUUAAAAAAGCAAAAGCAAGAACAAGAAAAGUAAAUUCAAUUGCAAAAAGCUUAAAACAA